CGCUCCCACGUCCCAAAAUUCGGCAGCUGGGACGAGGGCAGCGACGAUGUUGGAUACACGGCCUACUUCGAUAAUGCACGCCAUGAGAAAGCCGGAGUUAGGAUAAAUCCUAAUGACCCUGAGGAGAAUCCAGAGGCCUUCAUGCCUGGACCCGUUGGCGACGUGGAAAGGAUUUUCCGUUCAGUUCAAGCCGUUUCAUCCACGAAAAGACAAGUCGGCCAAGUAAGUGCCGGUGCCCAUAGAAGGAGCCAUUCUGACCAACCAAAAGCAGGUUACGCUCAUGGCCUGUCUUCAACAAUGCAACGAGGUGGGAGGUACUCGAGAGAAAGGAAUGCAAGCGAUCCUUGUGAUCAUCCUAAACGCUCGCGUGCUCCCAAACACGGCGACUUGAGCAAUGUUAGGAUUCGACACGCAGCAUCUUCUGGGAGCGCCUACCGAGACAAAACCAGCACAAAGACGAAUCCAAACGACCCUGAGGAGAAUCCAGGCGCCUUCUCAUGGAGGACGGGAGGGACUUGUGGUUUCUUCCGUUCGAGUUCGACCAAAUGGAGUUCGUCCCAAAAACAACACGGCACCGGCAGUGCCCGUUCUCACAGGAGGAGCUUAUCCGAUGAACUAAAGAGAAAGAGCUUCGGUGCAAAAAAAGGCUUCUCGCCAUCACUGCAAAGAAGCUCAGGAUCCUCAGGACAGAGGAACAGAGAUCAACCAGUGGAUUACUCUCAUCUCGGAGCAACACCCGUGCCGGUGUUCAGCGACUGGGACGAGACCGAUCCGAAUUCAGGAGAAGGCUACACGGAGAGGUUCGACCGCAUAAAGGAAGAGAAAGAGAGCGCCUCCUCCAACUCCCAACUGGUGCUCUCGAUUCCGACCAGUUACUCAGAUAGUCCAACCAAGGAGCGAUUCCUUCCUUACCUAUUCAAGGUAGCAUUUCUUGAAUUAGUAUUGCAAGCAGGUGAAGGCUGUUUGUGCAACCAAUUCAAAACUCGUUUCAGAAAUCUAAGUUGAUAGUACUAUCUUGGUAUCCGAUCGAAAACACCCUCGAGAC